CAUUUUUCUUUUUUAUUUCUUUUUUUAUUCUUCGUUCAUUAUGAGCAAUCCAUUUGAAGAAACAACAGCUCAAAAUCCAUGGUCAAACCAUAACGAUGUUGGUCCACGAUAUGGCAAUGCCUAUGAGUCAUCAUCACCAGCACCCGCUAUGGCUGCUGGUUCACCUGCACUUCCACCUCGAAAAAACGUCGCGAAUUCACCUUACAAUACACAACGUAUGCCUUCACCCUCCGACUAUACCAGCCCCGCACCUGUAGUAAAUGCUUGGCAAGAAUCCAACAAGACAUUGGACGAAAAUGAAAGAAAUGCAUGGUCCAGCAGUCCUGCUCCUGCUCCUGCACAACCAGCCAAUGCCUACCAAUACGCUGGCACACCUUAUGGUAAUACUUCCAACGUAGAAAAUGCCUAUUCACCUGCUGUCAGCCAUCCCGAGCCAGCAAGUCAAAAGAUUGAAACGCAAAUGUCGAUAAAUGACAAUGCUAGUGUUUCGCCAGUCAGUACAGGACGUCCAAGCAGAAUAAGAGUUCUGUUGCGUAUCAUUUUAUUUAUAGCUGCUGUUGGCCACCUCGGUUUUGCAGCCGGCGCUUCUCCCUAUUCUGGACAACCUGUACCAUUUGACAGCAGUGCUUGCUUUUACUUCCUUUUUGCCGUGGCUAUUUUGUCUAUCAUCUAUUCUGGUUAUCAUGUAGUCCUUUACUUGGUCAGACGAUUUGGAUCAGCAAACAAGUUAAAACGACCCAUUUUGAUUAUGUGUGAUUUAUUUAUGGCAUUGAUGUGGGGGAUUGGUAUUAUUGUAGAAAUUGCUAAGUACACCUGUCCUCCAGGCCAUUUGAGUGGCUGGUGUAAUUUUUACAAUACUUCCAUCUUUUUCGGCUUUGUUUCGUUUGCACUCUAUGUUCUGGUUGUUGGCUGGGAUUUAUAUGGUGGCAUGUGUGCAGGCAAACGAAAAUAAGUUUUUUUUUUUAAUAAAUAGGAAAAGAAUCAUCAACCGUCUUGGACCAACUCAAUAAUCCACCUAUUACGUCACGAGGCUGCUGAAUACCUUCUUUUUGCAUCAUACGAACAGCUAUCUGCGAAUCAUUCCCUAAUCUACAAACCACAUACACUUAUUCAAUAUAAUUUUAGUAUAUUUCUUCUUAAUAAAAAGGCCCUUAUUUACCAUCUUUGUCUGUAAUGUUCUUC